AUGUCUUCUGAUCUAUCCUGGGAACCCGAGCUUUCUGAUUUCGAGAAGACGUCUUCCACAGCAAGCUCACCUGCUACCACGCCAGGACUAGUUAGUCCGUCCUCCUACAGCUGGACAACUCCUAAACCUCAAUCGAAGUUCUUCCUGCCUCCUGCCUACGACUUUACCAACGCCCGGCCAUAUGGCUCGACCCCUCUACCUCCGUCUUACCUGUCCCAACGAUCAGAAACAUCAUCCUCGUCCUCUGCCCGAGUGCUUACCCCAUCGAGCUCACACAGCAGCCUCUGCUCCCUUCGCAGCACCUCUUCGUCAGGGAGUGAAGCCACUCAACUAUCAGACAAGGCAAAGAAGCAAUUGAGGGACUACGCCAGCUCGUUCGAACACGCUCGCCUUCAACAACAACGACGACGAUCCUACUAG